AUGGCCGUGCCGGUCUUCUGCAAUGCCUGCUUCUGCGAGCCCAGCCAGGCCGCCCCGCGCUUCAGCCUCACCAGCUGCGGCCAUGUCAUGUGUGAGCUUUGCCUCCAGAAAGGCAAAAAAGAUGAAUGUUUGAUCUGUAGAACUCCUUGUCGUACGUUGCUCCUUUCAAAACAGACAAAUCCUGAUAUUCAAUCACUGUUCAUGGGACUAGAUGUGCUAUGCAACCAAUAUUCAAAAGAAAUAACACAGAUUUCAGAAUUUCAGGAAAAACAUCGUAGACACUUAAUAGCUUACCAAAAACAAAAGAUACUGAAAUUGGAAGAAUCUCUCAAGAAAGCAACGCAACAAUUGCAUCAGAUACAACGUAUGAAACCACCUCAACAAAUUACUCCACAGGCAUUUUCCAGUACAAGUAGAAAUCCACUUUCCUUUCCUUCAAAAAAACAGAAUGGAUAUUCUUCAUAUUCUCUCCAUCCUAGUCAUGCUUCCACUUCUGAAAUAAGAGAGUCAAUGGAGAUUGAUCCUGUACCUUUACCAAUAAGGAAACCUGAGACAGUGACUGGUCCAACAAGACUAUCACUAAUAUCUCCACCCCAAGGUGGACGUAUGGGUAGUGUAUCUUACAGAAGUUCUCAGCCAUCUGGAAUAAUGUCAAGUCAAAACAGUAAAGCAGGAUCUACAAGAUCCACACCUAUAAGACUACCACAUAAUGAAUUUCAACUCACAUCGUCAUCCAGAUCACAAAGUAGUAGAAUGGGGUCAUGGACUUCUGACUUCAGAACACCUCAGGUGUAUCCAUUUACACCACCUUCCUCACAGUCAUCUGCAACAAGACAUCCCAUCACCAUCCCUGGUAUUCUGCAGAGACAACAUUUAGGAUCCACUAAUUUUGGAGGACAUUCAGUAGAAAGAUAA